UCCUUAUGUGGAUCCUACCUUCAACCUACGAACUUUUACUACCAAUAGGCCGCACACCGACUAACAUCGUGAGGUUUCCCUCUUCUUCAAAGGGCGGUGUCUUCGACCCUCUUUCUUACAAUACUAUUGACCAUUCCAACAAGUAAUCAGCGACAAUGAGCUCAAAUCUUGACUUCUCGUCAGAAGGUCUAUUAGACCUUUCUUUCGAACAACGUGACCCACGAUACCAAUUUACCAAUAUGGCUACGCGCUCGACUUGGCCACUACCGCUGGAUAUGACCUCAGGAGGAUCUGACGAACGACGGGAAACUUCGCCAGGGCACAGUGGGCACCAACAGUAUCAAACAGGGCAUCAUCUUAAUUCUCCAACAUUAUUGACAGACUGGCCGAUUCAGCAACAAUCUCAGCAUUUGUCACCCCAACAACUUUCUCCUCAGCAACUGUCGCAUUUUAUUCCGGAUAACUCGUUGAUGGGACCGCAGUACACAUUUGGCAGCCCAUAUCAAACAUCACCGCUCGACUAUGGCUUACCUGCAACGACACAGGCAGCGCUCGAAGCCAGCCUUCAGAUGGAGGCUCCAUUCAACGGACUCGCACAAACGGUAGAGGCACAGGCGAAUCAAUGGCAAGAUUGGCAUGAAUUCGAGUAUGCGAUGAAUUUCACGGCGAGCCAUGGACUACCAAGUAUAGGACGACAGAGCCUUGGUAGCAACUCACCGACGGGUACAUACUUGGAAGUUUUAUCAUUACCUAGUUCGAGUAGCGAUCAUGGAUGGUCGACGGUCGAUACGUAUCAGGAUUACAGCACAUAUCAACAAGCGCAGAAUGCAGCGAUUUUCAAUCCAGGACAGACAUUACAUUUGCGAAGUCAUUCGGACUCAUCUCAAUCUGACGGGCAUCAAUCAAUAGAUACUUUUGGCAGUUUCGAGGAUUUAUCAUCUUACCCAUAUUCGCCAUAUUCACCCGGUUCCGACAGCUAUUUGGAUGUCACUGGUGGACACAGGAAUUGUUUCCACGGCGAAGCACAUCAUCAUAAUCACGACAUUAUCAGCCCUGCUGCGGCUGUCCCUCCCCAACCUAUCCAAGCAUCUUCAUCGAAAUCGACCGCGACUUCAACGACUUCAAACCGCGCUUCCCCAUCAAGCACCUCAUCACCGCCCGCCAGAAGAAACCCCGCACCACGCAAGAGCCCUACCGCCAAAGCCAGCAAGCCUGUUAUCCGCCGCACUCCCAACGGAAAGAAGGAUGGCACAACCGAAAAGCGUGUGGGCAGAAGACGUGGACCAUUAUUACCAGAGCAGAGGAAACAAGCUAGCGAAAUAAGGAAAUUGAGGGCUUGCUUGCGUUGCAAAUUUUUGAAGAAGACUUGCGAUAAAGGUGAGCCAUGUGCUGGAUGCCAGCCAUCACAUGCUCGUUUAUGGCAGGUUCCUUGUACUCGUAUCGAUAUCAAGGAUAUUGGGUACUUCAUGAAGGAUUGGAAGGCGGAUUAUGAACGUCACGUGGGUCGUGGAGUGUCGGUUUACAACAUCAAGGGUUUCUCGCAGAAGGAGGAGUUGCUCUGGAUUACCCAUGGAUAUGGAUUUGCUCUCCCGAUUAUGGCUAGAGAGGUCUAUGUAAGUGAUGACAGUUGCUUCAACGUCGACUGGGUUGAGGGUAUUCACGAAGAACCUCUUGAGUUUGAAACUCGCACGGAAAGAAUGUCAGCUGGUUCCGAAGGUGUCUCGAAUGAAGCAUUGUCGGAGUAUCUUGACAAACAUAUUGAUGGACCAUUUGAAGAGUUCAUUGAUGAGUACUUUGAGGGCACUCCAUUCAUUACUGAGAUCUUAAAGACUGCUCACCGCUACUACAUGAAAGAGAAGGUUUCUGUCGUCCGCAAAGCAUUGAAACUCGUUCUUGCAUACAAUCUCACAUUGCAUGUUACCAUGGUUGAGCAGCGAGGAGAUGAGCACCCAAUGGAGGGAAUUAUUGACGACGAGGAUUCAAAAUUCAACGGAAAAGUCGUCGCACCCGUCAUGAUCAAUUUCCAAAUCAAAUGUGCACUAGCCGACAUGUGGCGAGAAUUGCAAAAGGAGAUUCUGGAAGAAUUAUCGUCGCUUUACUCCAGUGUCUACAGUGGCGACAGACUCAAGAACUGGCCUACCAUCUUCAUGCUUGCAUCUAUUCUGCUUGCCGUCUGGGAAGAAAUGCAAUUUGAUUGCCAUUACCGUGUUCCUGAUCAAGCAGCCGUCAAUAAAUUCUGUACCGAUAUGGAGACUACACCAGUCGGCGUUAUCGUCGGCCUCUUCCAUGCUAUUUCUCAAAAGCUCCCUGCUUUCACCGACUGGGAGACUAGAAGACAUGGACAACUCCUUAACAACAACGUUGCAGUCUGCGAGGCCAUGACCGAAAUGAGAGGUCAUGUCACCAAGCAUGGUGAGUUCACCCUUAUUCCCAUAUAUUCACAACCAUUAGUCACUAACCCGGCCCUAGAAUCCUACCUCAAAACUCGGCCAGACGCCAAGUUCGAUCGUCGCGACUUUGACUGUCUCUCCAACAAAUUCCUCUCCAAACUUGUCAUUCGCGCCAACUAAUCUACUGUCGUCAAGAAUCUUACUUCGACGCCACCACUUCAACAUCAUGAAUGAAUGAAACGAUCCACCCUAUUUGCAAAUAUAUAUCUUCCCGCAUGUUGUAUACCCACAUUGCGUCAUCGACUGUACAAAUGUUACACAUGUCUGUUUUCUAUCCACAGACACACGAAUCAAUGCUAUUCAUGACAUGAUAUGAAAUGAUAAGGAGGGAAUAUUUUUCCUACCCCCCUUCUUUCCAACAUCUACGUUUUCCGUGGAUUUGCGAAAGAAGCUAAUUUGUUUAUUUCUUUUUUCUCUGUUUCCUUUUUCUAUGGCACGGCACGGCAUAGCGUUGAUUUUCUGCUUUUCCUUUUGAAAUUUUGUUUUGUCGAUUGAUUGAUUUACUUGAUCUACUCGAUCGAAUUGAAGAAUUUCCCACGACCCUUUUACGAAACAAACGACAUGUUAUUUGUAUGAUCAGACUUUAUUCACUUCAAUCGGUUCAUUCGUUUAUGCGACCCCCUUAACGAAGGAUGAAUGAGAUGAUGGAAUUAAGACCCCUUUAACGUUUCCAUGUUUUUAUGUUCCCUACGGACUUUUUAUGUUGUUUGCUUUUUGCUCCAUCUAUCUUGUUUUGUUUUUGCUUUUUUUGUUGUUUUUUUUGCCUGUUCGGAAUGAUGGAAAGGAUGAAAAAAGUAAAAGUCCAUCACUCAGAACACGCAAAUUUUGAUCUUUUUGAUCUUUUGGAAUCGUCGAAACGAAACGAAAGAGAGAAAGAAUGAAGGCAGAAGAAAUCAUCGAAGUAACUGCCGAGUUAGGAAUGAAGAAAGGGCCAUGCAUUAGUUUUUAUUUAUGGAAUUUUCUUGGAUGUUGGGAAUGGUGCUAUGGGAGGAGAGAAAGGAGAUGAGCGAGAAAGCAAAGUGAGGGACAAUUUAGCUGCGGUUGUCUGUGAUGGAGUGAUGGAGGACGUGGAUUUGUAUACGAAGAAAGCAGCAGCCAGACGAAAGGAAGGCAUUUUUAUACUUGGGCAAUUUUUGGUGGGGGAGGGAUGGGGCGUAGAUAAAAACUUAGGCCUU